CGUAGAAAUUGGAGAGGUGGUGUUUGAUAUUAUUACAAUGUGUGGUUCAACGGAAAAAUGAAAAGAGAAACAAAUACUACCGGAUCUCUCAACGAAUAUUUGUUUACCUCCCAUCGGAAGUUCCCAAAUUUUCUCAAAUCAGAAGGUUUUCUCUCUCCUAGAUCACACGAAAAUGGAUAUUUGUUGUCGGGUUUGAAGUUUGAACUCGAAGGACCUUUGCUGUAUGGUCUGUUGGUAAUGGCAUCAGAGGAAGAUGUUGACAUUUCAACUUUAAAGUCUCAACUAGGCCAAAUGCAAAUAAUGUGGAAGCAGGAGAUGGAACGAAGCCAAUCACGAGUGGACAGAUUACAAGCAAAACUCGUGGAUAUAAGGGCUUGUAUGCAGGGAUCUGAGGAAGACACUAAAAAGGAGUUAGAUGUUCUUUGGCAGAGAGUCAAAGCAACAGCAACACUGUUGACAUACUUGAAAUCGAAAGCGAGAAUUAUGGCUGUUCCUCAUUUAGCCCAUACCUCAUGUGGCAUUAAACAAUUAGAUGGGGUUGGCCUUGUUGACAAAAAUGGUAUACCAUUGUCUGGAUGGUCUAGGAAUGUUAACCUUUCAUCCUUUGAUAGUCCAGAUGUGGAAACAUGGAUUGGGACUAGUAAUCUGAAUGGUUCCCCUGAUGAAAAAGAUGGAGCUUAUAUUGGUGAAUUGCUGAAGAGUGUACAUAUGGUCACAGAUGUAAUGGAAACUCUUGUCAAGAGGGUUAUUAUGGCAGAGUCUGAAAUGGCUGUUGAGAAAGAGAAGGUAACUUUGGGACAGGAAGAGAUUAAAAAGAAGGCACACCAAAUUGAGAAUAUGUCAAUAAAGUUAGAGGAAAUGGAAAAGUUUGCUCUAGGUACAAAUUGUAUUCUGAGUGAGAUGAGACAGAGGGUUGAAGAUUUAGUUGAAGAAACAUCUAGACAGAGGCAACGAGCUGCAGAAAAUGAACAGGAGCUUUGUCGCGUGAAGCGAGAUUUUGAAUCCCUGAAAUCGUAUGUUAACAGUCUUAUCAGUGUGAGAGAAACACUUAUUUCAUCAGAGAAGCAGUUUCAAACGAUUGAGAGGCUUUUUGAACGGCUAGUUGCAAAAACAAUGCAGUUGGAGAGUGAGAAGACACAGAAAGAAACUGAAGUCCAGAAACUUAUGGACGAAAAUUUGAGGUUGAGUGCUCUUCUUGACAAGAAAGAGGCCCAACUCUUGGCCAUGAAUGAACAGUGCAAGCAAAGAUCAAUGAUUAAUCGGGAAAAAAGUGAUGAAGAGCAAAGCUGGGAGAAGAUGAAGGCCAAAAUUAAGGUUUUGAAGGCAAGAGUAACAUGGCCUCACAUGCUAAUCAAGAGACAAGAUCACCAUCAAGUAUCAACCAAAAGAGGGUGCCUGUGGUUGCUAGCUAUCAUGGUCUUUGCCUCCCAGCGACAACGAUAUUCUAUCCACUGAUCCUCUGUCCUUCAUUUGGUACCCAUUCUCCUUCACACUACGUCGGAGAAAAACCUCUUGAUCCAAUACUUUAGAGUGCACAGCAGAUUCAUUCCAAUCCAAAUGUGUGUAGAAACAAAUGACUUUUUUUGUUAUCCUAAUACUGGGAUGGGCAUAAUGGAUAGAGAGGGACUGACUGUAUAGCUUCUGAAGCUGGCUUUCCUGGGCCAUAGAACAUGGGAAAUAGUUCAUGUGUCAUCAUAGCGGAGACCAGACACUAGUGGUGCUCAUUUUUAGAAGGAAAAUGUGUCUACUCUGCUUAUUUCUAUCCAGUAGCCCUGUUUGUUGGUUUUUGGUUGUAGCAGGGACACAUGGGAAGUCAUUUAAUGUCGAGACAUUCAUCUUACAGAGGACAGACUAGCAAAAAAACAAGACUGAAAAUAUGUGCACAUUGAUAUAUCUAUAGCAGAUAAUAAUAAUGUGUGUGUUUAUCUGUCCAUGUAUGCAGGGAGC